GACAUCCUGUCCCCAACUUGUCCCCUGCGGGCGUUAUCAGUGAGGGACACUGGGGACAGCUCGGGGACAUUGGGGACAUUGGGGACACGGCUGGGGACAGCUUGGGGACACGUUGGGGACACGGCUGGGGACAGCUCGGGGACACGUUGGGGACAAUGUACGGGAACGUCGAGACCGCGCUGGACAUGGCCUGGGCAGGCGGGGAAGGUACGGCCACCGAUGUCCCCAGUGUCACCUCAAUGUCCCUGGUGUCACCUCCCUGUCCUCGGUGUCACCUCCCUGUCCUGUCCCCAGUGUCACCUCCCUGUCCCCAGUGUCACCUCAAUGUCCCCAGUGUCACCUCCCUGUCCCCAGUGUCACAUCCCUGUCCCCAGUGUCACCUCAAUGUCCCCAGUGUCACCUCCCUGUCCCCGGUGUCACUCCCUGUCCUGUCUUUGGUGUCACCUCCCUGUCCCCAGUGUCACCUCCCUGUCCCAAGUGACCAAAAGGUGUCCCCAGCGUGGGUGGUGGCACCAGGGAAGGGUCCCCAACCCCUGUGGGUGUCCCCAGGUGCCACCAUUGCUGUCCCCAACCCCUCCAGAUGUCCUCAAAUCUGUCCCCAGGUGCCACCAGCGCUGUCCCAAACUUCUUUAGAUGCCCCAGGGAUGUCCCCAAGGGUGUCCCCAACCCCCUGCAGAGAUCCCCAAACCUGUCCCCAAGCCCUUUGGAUGUCCCCAAGUGCCACCAGCACUGUCCCCAACCCCUCCAGAUGUCCCCAAGGAUGUCCCCAACCCCCUUUGGAUGUCCCCAAACCUGUCCCCAGCCACUCCAGAUGUCCCCAAACCUGUCCCCAACCCCUCCAGAUGUCCCCAGACCCGUCCCCAACCCCUUUGGAUGUCCCCAAGUGCCACCAGAGCUGUCCCCAACCCCUCCAGAUGUCCCCAACCAUGUCCCCAACCCCUCCAGACGUCCCCAGGUGCCACCAUUGCUGUCCCCAACCCCCUCCAGACGUCCCCAAGGAUGUCCCCAACCCCCUUUAGAUGUACCCAGGUGCCACCAGAGGUGUCCCCAACCCCUCCAGAUGUCCCCAACCCUGUCCCCAACCCCUUUGGAUGUCCCCAGGUGCCACCAGCGCUGUCCCCAACCCCUCCAGACGUCCCCAACCCUGUCCCCAAGCCCUCCAGACGUCCCCAGGUGCCACCCCCGCCGCUGUCCCCUCUGUGCCCCCAGGCUGUCCCCACCCCCCGCCCGACGAGGACCCCUACGAGCCCCUGGACCCCUCCCCCACCGCGGGGCCGCCCCCCAAGGCGCGCCCCUCCCCCCCCCGGCCGGCCCCGCGGGUGGCCCCGGUGGCCCUGGUGGCCCUGGUGGCCCUGGUGGCCCUGGCGGUGACGCUGCUGCUGCUGCUGGGGACGCUCGGCGCGCGCCGCAGAUUAUUUUGGGGUUUUUCCUUGGUGGCCCUGGCGGUGACGCUGCUGCUGCUGCUGGGGACACUUGGGGCACGGCGCAUUGCGGCCCUGGAGGCCGCCCUGGAGGCUGAGAAGGUGAAGGAGCCGCCACCAGCAGCAGCCUCCACCUCCUUCCUGCUCUACAACCAGCACCACUCCGGCUGCGUGGUGGCCACCGGGCAGUGGCUCUCGCUGGCCCACUGCGUCCCCUCGUCCCCAUCCCAGCUCUUCCAGUGGCUCCCGGGGGGGCUCCUGCGGCACGUGGCCACCGGCUGGUGCGCGGGGGCCGCCGCCGAGGCGCCGGGUGCGCUGGUGCGGCUGCGGCCGUGCCGCGAGGACGCGCGGCUGCAGCGCUGGGCUUGCGGCCGCGGGGCUCUGCUGGCCCUGGCCGGCACCGGCCUCCACUUCAACUUCGGCCACGAGCGGCAGAACCGCGUGGUGCUCUACGGCGGGACCGGCAACUGGAGCCGCUGGCUGGCCCACGGCUCGCGCCGCGACGUCUGCUCGCAGGCCUAUUUCCUGCCCUGCUCCCAGGGUUGGGUUUUUUUCCGGAAUUCCUGUUAUUUCUUCUCCAACUUCGUCGCUUCCUGGGAGAAUUCCAGAACUUUCUGCUGGGCUUUGGGGUCGCAGCUGCUCGAGGUCGACGAUGCUGAGGAAAAGCGCCUGGUCCAGGCCCAGCUCCAGGGCCCGUCCUGGCUCGGGAUCCGCGACCGGGACCGGGAGGGGACCUGGACCCGCGGGGACGGCUCCGAAGUGACCCGGGAGCACAGUUGGUGGCACCAGGACGAGCCCAACGGGGGCAACCUGGAGAACUGCGCGGCCGUGGGGCCGGACGGGCUCUGGGCCGAUUACCCCUGCGGGACCCCCCUGACCUGGGUGUGUGAGGGACCCCUGUGACCCCAAAUCCCGGGAAUUCACCCCAAAAUCCGGGAAUUCAACCCAAAAUCCGGGAAUUCACCCCAAAAUCCGGGAAUUCAACCCAAAAUCCUGGGAAUUGGGGAAAAAAUAACAAUAAAUGUGUGUGUGUACUGGGAUCAUACUGGGACCUCCCUGACCCCAAAUCCGGGGAAUUCACCCCA